ACACACACACAUAACAGAACUUAAGAGUCUGAGAGUUGAGCGAGAGCAAGCACACACACAGGAGGACAGAAACAGCUGAAACAAACCGAAAGCUGCAGACUUGACUGACUCUUGGCUUGAAGGCAAGGAUUAACUCAGCACACAGUCCACAUUCUCACGUCCGGUCUGAGGAGCAGAGAUGGCAGUCAGCUCGUUCAACAGAAGGCAGUGGGCCUCCCAGUCCCUACGCGUCACAGCUAAAGAGCUCUCCAUAGUCGGACCGCAGGGGAAAAACAGCGCCAUAGCGGAACGGUUCUCAAAGUACCAGAAAGCAGCAGAGGAGAUCAGCACAGACAAGAAAAAGGCCGUGGAAGGCGUGACUCUGCACCCCGGCACUUUGAGCGCACUGAAAAAGCGCUGGGAGGCUGAACAACCCUUCUCUUCUGACCAGAUUCCUCACACUCCCUCAGCGUACACUCCGCCACGGUCCGCAAACUCGGCCAACGCAAACUUCCUCUCGAAGGUCAACGAGAUGGAGAAGACGCCACAGAGGGACACGGCGGACAGGGACAAGACCAACGUCCCUCUCAGCAGCCUCAAAAUGAUGUUCGAGAGCAAGGUUUCUGAAGAGUCGCUACAACCUUCAGGAAGUGACCCUGACAAGAUGGAUCUCGGAGACAAAGGAGUGUUUGAGACAGCGGUGGAGACCACGCCCCUAAGGGAGAGAAUGGCCCUCUAUCAGGCUGCAGUGUCUAAACUAGACGUGUCCUCGUCCUCUUGUGGCCAGAGUGAAGUGGACACGGAGGCACGAGCUUAUAGAGUCAAGCAGAAGGAAAAUGUCCCUCCAGUCCUGCUGGAUGUGCCCUCCUCUCCUGAUCCUGAAAGCAGAAAAACUCCAACCACGGAUAACAGCUGCAGUGUGGCGACUCCUGUUUCUGAGCAAACUAAAACGGUGAAGAAGUUCAGUUUGCCGCCACGCGAGAGCUGUGUGAUGUGCACUAAGACCGUGUAUCCUCUGGAGCGACUGGUGGCCAACCAACAAAUUUAUCAUAACUCCUGCUUCCGCUGCACUCACUGCAACACAAAGCUGAGCCUGGCAAACUACGCCUCACUGCACAACGUCGUCUACUGCAAGCCGCACUUCUGCCAGCUCUUCAAGGCUAAGGGGAACUAUGAAGAAGGUUUUGGACUCCGACCCCACAAGGAGUUGUGGGACACCCGAGGAGAGGACGCAGAGGACCAAGUGGACAGCAAGGAGCUUCUGGCGAACGCCAGCAGUCCUACGGUGGAAGAGUCUCCGUGUGUUAAAGUUAACGUCCUCGCUGCGUCGCUGGAGACACGGGCUCAAGAUGCAUCAGAGAGGAUGGAGAAACCAGUGGAAACCAGACGACUGAAGAUUUCCUGGCCUCCAAGAGCAGACAGCGAGGACGCUUCAUCUCAAAGUGGUGGGUGCGCGCUGACUGAAGAGGCCGCUGUGUGUCCCAGCCGGCCAAAGUGGCCACCAGAGGGCGACAAGAGCCCACUGUGUACUGAAAAAGCAGAGCUCCCGGACAGCCGUAGGAGCACCUCGCUUAAAGAGCGCAGCCGGCCCUUUUCAGUCACCAGCCCUGCCUCAGCCCUGCCUCAGGGCGACUCGAGCCCACUCUGUGCUGGAAAAGAGGUGUUCGCCGACGUCCGCAGGAGCGCCUCGCUUCAAGACCCCUGUUCAUCCAGCAGGCCUACCUCAGAUGUCAAUCCACCAAGUCUGAUACCCCCAGCUCAGCCCCAGCUUCUGCAAGAAGAGGGAGUAAGUGAAGAGCCUGGACAGGAGGAAGUGGAAGAGGAAGAAGUCGAAUGUAAGCGUGACGACGGGGCCACCGAAGAGAAGGAUCAGCUAGAAGAGGAGGAGCCGCCUUCUUUCACAUGCCAGAGUACAUCCCUGGAUGACACGCCUCCUUCCUCUCCCCUCAGCGAGGGCGAAUCCAGCUCCGGGUUCGAGCAGAAACACUCUCAGGACGUUGGAUUCUUUGAUGACGAGGAAGAGCAGGACGAGUGCGUCGAGGACGUGAUCAGGAAAAACCGCUAUUACGAAGAAGACGACGACGAAGACAACGACGACGACGACUGACCCGUUAAAAAUAAACGAGUGAAAUGAAAUAAAAGUCUGUUUAAUUCCACUGACUUGCAUGGGAUCACCUUCACUGGUCCUCCUUUUAUCCCUGUGCAGUGAGUGAGCCAGAUUUCCUCAUGACAGAGAUGCACAAGCUUCUAUUUUUAUUGGUACUUUUUGUGUUUGUUUUUUUUUCUUUUUUUUUUUUUUCUAUGACCUAUUUUUAUAGCUUUUGGCCAUUUAAUGUUUUCUGUAGCAUUUUAUAGCAUCUUUUAUCGUGUCACCUGUUAGUUAGAGGUAAAGAGAUUUACAGAUUCUGACUUUUUUUUUUUUAAAUAGUUAAAGCAAAAUGCAAAUUAAAUUCCCACAGUGGAAAAGCCAGUUCACUGAAGGAAAAGCACAGGGUAGAAAUCAUUGGGUAUCAAGUUCACUUUUCUAGGACUUUCGUGCACCUCUGUACUUGUGUUUUAUAAUCCAGGGACAGAACCUAGUUCAAGUCAUUCUUUAUUAUUCAUUAUUAUUGGAACACACAAUAGUUUUGUUUUUUUUUGUUUUUUUUUUGAUGGCGCAUUAAGACCGGAGACUUGGCAGUCAUCCAGCUGUGAGAGUUAGAGGCUCUGAAUCUGGAAAGUUGUUUCUUUUAGACAUGAUCGAGGUCGUGUGUGUGUGUGUGUGUGAGGUUGUAUCCACAGAUGCCUUUUAACAUGUUUGUGCACUUGCAUUUUAAAUGUUACUGUUUUUUUUUUUUUAAAUCAGGGGACCAAAUUUCCUU